AGGAGCUCGUUUUCCUCGAUGCCCAAACAUUAUCAAACUUAAUUCGAUACGAGUUCUUUGUUCGAAAAGGAGGAUUUCUUCCCAUUCCUUGUAAACCCACCAGUCCUGACGUCAAACUUUCCCUCAUUUACGCCUCUCUUUGGAAUGGACCAGGUGUUGCUGGCUAUGGGGAUCUCGCAGAAGAAACAUCAUGGUUACCCGACACGAAAUUCAUAAAAAAGAAGUUCACUGAAGUUCCUUUGUCUGAUCCGAAUUCGAAUUGGUCGUUCGAUCCCAAAAUAGGACCGAUACUAAAGAAUGCAAAGCUCAGCGACAGUGGAACAUAUCAAUGCGUUGGUUCAAUUAAUAACGUCAGAGAUGAUAAGGAAGAAUUCGCUAUCGUCGUCUCAGGAAUGGAACUGGAAAGGGUUGGCGAUCCUAGCGAUCCUCCGGAAGGCGGCAAUUUUUCUGUUAUCUGUCGCACCGUUAAUGUCCCAUCUGGUCUUAGAGAAGAGAUUGUGUCUACUCAACCAAUUUGGUUUUAUCAAAUUAAAGAUACUGGAGAAAUGCAAAUGAUAGAUGAGACGAAUCCACCCCAAGGUAUUAAAGUAACGAAGAACAAUGUACUUUCUUUUGAACAAAUCCGACUAGACGUGUUCAACAUUACACAAGCUACCCCCACAACUUUCCGUUGCGAAGCCAAUAAAAGCGGAGAAAUAAUAUCUGAAACUUUUUCUUUCCGAAUUAGAGAAAUUAAUGACCCCAUGGCUGUUCCAGUCAUCAUAAUUGUGGUUUUUUCUAUUUUAAUUAUUAUUGGAAUUGGCAUCGGAAUUAAAUUAUACCUCGACCAGGCAAGUAAAAAUUUUCGCAAAAGAAAAAAAUAA